CGAAAAUAGAUUGCAUAAAAAUCGAGUCGAUAUGAUAGAAGGAUAGUCAUGUGAGAUCGAUCACUUGAAAUGCACAUUACGAUGUCGAAAAAAUUCCUGCUGAAGGAAUAAGGGCUGUGGAUUACAUAUAUAUAUUCACAUUAUCUUCUUUCUAAGACUCGAUUUGCAUUUAUUUUUUGUGCGUCAUGUCUCUGAUCACGCUAUUAUCAUAUUUAUAAGACAAUAUUUGAUAUGGUUAUUUUUUUUCUGCAAUCAUAUUUCGCAUGAUGGGGAUUUUGAUGAUGUGCAUGACUAAUCGCCUGAUUAGCAAGAGGGACUAACAUGAAAUUUAGUGCGAAAUUGCUAGUAAAGAUCCAGGAAUCGCUUUUUCUUGGAUAUUUACCUGCACUAUAAAAACAGCUUUAUUCUGUUCCAAGAGAAAGGAUCCAGUAUGUCGAGAUCAGAAUCAGUCAAGAUGCCGAGAGAAAAAAGCAAAACUCCAGAAUCUUACAAAUCGUCUCUUGUUAAUCGUAGGAACCUUGCUUAUAAUAUCUUGAAAAAUCUUGAGGACGGUAUCAUUGGAGAUAAAGGAAUUUCCAGAGAUAGACCAAUGUUCAAAAUGUAAUAAUGAAAUUUAACGCUUCCUCCUAAAGCGAUCACUAUGCUCAACUGUAGCCAUACCUUUCACCGGAUAUGUAUUUAAAAAAGCUUCUACUUAUCAUGCCGAAUACAUGUCUAUUUCCCGAUUGUGAGAAGAAUAUUGAUAUCAUAGAACCAUUUCUACGAUUCAAGAUUUUCCAUUAUCUCAUUCGAGUGGAACUUCAGCUUUAUCCAACAUAAUGAGCGAAAGGUUCAUCCUAACUUCACCGAUCAUAAGAGAUGAGAUGGAGAGGAGAUAUGCUGAAGCAAACAGGAAUGAGGGUAUAGCAAUUCAACGGGUCAAAAUUUAUUUAACUGAUUAAUUUUAUGCUAAUGUAAAUACGCCAAAGAUAGCAAAGAAAUAAAGAUAUGUAUAUAAUAUAUAUUUUUUUUAAAUUGUAUGUUUUUUUUUUGUAUUUUUUUGAAAUAAUACUGAA